AUGGAAUUGAACGGCGUAACGAAGACAUGCACGAUGAAUCGCCAAAGGACCGUCGAGUUUGAGGAGCUUUGGCUCGUCGCACGGAACCUGCUUUGGUCCGUUGUCGGUCUGAGUAUUAUCAUUGUCGCCGGUGUGAAAUUUUGCGGGCGUCAACGCCAGAACGAGGCGUGUCCCGUUGAUCUGGUCCGGCACCAGCUCGUACACACGGAGGAACGUGGGCAGUCAUACGCUGACCUCGCCGCGCGAGUCCAAGAACUGCACGAGCUUCGGUCCCAACUCCGGGCCGAUCUGGCCCUUUUGCAAUCACGCGCUGCUCGUCCGAAGCAGCAAUGA